CCUCAACGCCAGCAAAUACCUAUACACCCACCUGUGAGGCUUAACCUCCCUCCUCCACGGACUGCCCACGCGCCUCCGAAAUCCUCCGAUCCCGGUGGCGAUCUUAGGGCGGCGCUGCACUUUUCUCUCACCGUCGCCUGUUGGAACUCGCGUACUAUGUCUCUUGUAACUGCAAAUUUUCAUUCGUUAGAUCAGUAUGGUUAUGGGACCGGUGAAGUUGUACUCUGAACUGAUGGCUAGUUUCUUUACAUUUUCGAAUUUUGGUAGGGGUUAAUUGAUUGCGCCUGGUGGGUAUUGAGCUUGGAGAUUGUAGACAUAUACUCCGCUAUAGGUGUUGGGUUAUUGAGGGGUCGCGGGUAGCUUCAGCUUGAGUCAUAUUUAUAAGAUGCGAUUAUUUCCGUUAAGUUCCAGUUCUUCCAAGGAGCUGCACGGCAAUGGAGAGAAAAGUCGCGCAUUAUUGUACCUAAAUGUCUACGAUCUUACAACUAUAAACAAUUACCUGUAUUGGUUCGGCCUCGGAGUGUUUCACUCUGGUAUUGAAGUACAUGGUCUGGAAUACGGAUAUGGAGCCCAUGAUUUCUCAAGUAGUGGGGUUUUUGAAGUUGAACCACGAACCUGCCCAGGCUUCAUAUUUAGACGCUCAAUACUGCUAGGCGGUACAGACAUGUCUCCUUCAGAAGUACGUUCAUUUAUGGAGCAACUUUCUAGAAAAUAUCAUGGGGAUUCUUAUCAUUUAAUCGCCAAGAAUUGCAACCAUUUCACUGAUGAAGUCUGUAUGCAACUUACUGGAAAGCCAAUUCCUGGAUGGGUUAAUCGCCUGGCACGUGUAGGCUCAUUCUGCAAUUGUCUAUUACCAGAAAAUAUUCAGGUUACAGCUGUCAGGCGUCUUCCUGAUCGUCAAACAUGUUCAGAUAAUGAGACAGAUUCUGGUGCAUCAUCUUUAACAGAGCUUAGUGAUGGGGAGGAGGUUGACCAUCAACUUCUAACUGCACGAAAUAGUGAUGUGGCAUUUUUGAACCAAAAAACUGUGAUACUAUCAAAAGAGCUUCUUUAACAUUACCCCACGCAUUCCUCUCUGAUUCAUUAAAUAACUCUCAGGAAUCCUGUUAUUUGUAUGAGAUGUGCUGUCAAAUGUAGUUGUGUGUAUCUUUCAUCUCAACUAAGCUUAAUGAGUUGCUUCAGUAUUCAUGUAUCCAAAUCUGUAAUUGUAUGACUGGAACAACUGUGCCAUAUCUAUCAUCCUACUUUUUGGAUGUUCUAUGUUUGAUGAAACUGGAAAGAAAUUGAAGGAUGUGCUUUGUCUAAGUUUACAAGGAGACUGCACAUUGCUUUAUAUA